AGAAGAUCCGCGCUCAUGGCCAAGUACGGAGGGGUUCGGAGCGCAAUGGUGUGCCUAGGCUGAAGAAGAGGCCUUCGAGACGGACAACUUAUGUCGUGGUUUCUGCUAUAUGCUUACUGGUGUUCUGGUUGACGCAUCGCUCUUCGGAAUACACGUCCAACAGGAGGACCUGGUCCAUUGGGAAUCAUGGCGGAGCUCGCGAGCAAUCGAACCCCGAACUUCCUUGUCGAAAUAUGCCAGGCGCGAACGAGACAUUGGUGAUUCUGAAGACUGGCUCUACAGAGAUCCAAGACAAGCUCCCUGUACAUCUCAACACGACUCUACGAUGCUAUCCACAUUCCAUGAUUUUUAGCGACUACGAGGAGGAGUUUCAAGGGCAUCAUAUUUAUGAUGCUCUGGAGUUUGUCGAUGCAAACAUCAAAGCUGCGCAUGGAGACUUUGCUUUAUGGCGGAGACUGCAGGAAGGAGGACGCGCAGCUCUGCAGCCUCAUGAGCUCAGUGGGACAGCGGCUCGUGCUGGCAGCAAUUUCGGAAAACAGGACAAUCCGGGUUGGAAGCUGGAUAAGUGGAAGUUCCUGCCGAUGGUGAACAGAACUUUGGCAGAGUAUCCAAAUAUGCGGUGGUACGUUUUCGUGGAGGUGGAUACAUACAUUCUGUCACAGACAUUGCACAACUACUUGAAUACGCUGGACUGGCAAAAAUCCUACUACAUUGGCGGCCAGACCUGGAUUGGUGAUGUCCUCUUUGCGCACGGCGGGACUGGUUUCACCGUGAGUCGUCCUGCAAUGGAGAAGGUUAUGAAGGAGUUUCAGCAGAACCAAGAGUCGUGGGAGAGCUUUACGGACAUACACUGGGCUGGCGAUUGUAUUUUAGGCAAGGCGUUUGCGGAUUCUGGAACACCACUCACUCAGGCCUGGCCGAGUUGGCAAGGCGAUGACAUUGGCAAAAUGACUUAUGAUCGUGCGGAGGGUCCUCAUCGUAUGUGGUGCGCGCCUAGUGUCAGCUAUCACCAUUUGACCCCGAGCGUGGUUCGGGAUAUGUGGGACUGGGAAAUGGAGUGGAUCAAGAAUACCAGCGAUUACAGCAAGAUCCUGUACCACAAAGACGUCUACCGCGAAUACGUCCUCCCCCGAACUAUCGAAGCACGUCGAGACUGGGACAAUCACGCCGACCAAGACCACGGCCCUGUCGAUGACCUGGAAACAUGUCGUGCGGUUUGCGUGCAGCACGAAGAUUGUCUGCAAUACACGCUCAACCAGGACGGAAGAUGUAUGAUCGGCCAGAAACCGAAUCUAGGCGAGAAGAUGAAGGGUAUCGAGUCUGGCUGGAUGAGCGAUCGUAUGAGGAAGUUCUACGACAACCAAAAUCCUUGUCGGAAUGGAGGAGAGGCGUUUAUCACGUAAAGACAGAUAGAGGCUCAAGUGAGCAAAAGCUUUUGGGAAUUGGGAGAGGUGCGUUGGAGGUGAAGGAGAGCAGGUCUUUGAAAAGAAGAGACCUGCACGGUGUCGGCUUGACGGUCCGCAGUAUACACCAAGACGGAGUUCGCGAUGGAAUAGCAUGUUGUGAAAUGUCAGCGCUCUCGUGAACGG